AUGGGAAGCUACACCUACAUACACCUAUAUAACAAGAAACUGAAAAUCUUGAAUGAAUUACAUUUUUUUCCAACUCUUCCCAAAAACCUCUAUACACUCAUAUCCUUAAGCUUACGUAGCUUGCAGAAAACAGGAAGACUAGUUAAUUAUUUACCUGGAGAUUUAAAAUGGAAGGAUGCCGACGAGCCGCGCAAUUGCAAAUUUGCGAAACGUAGUAAAGAAGAUGAAAAUAACACAGCCACCAUCGACGUUAGUGGUGCCAAUCUUGAUACUACACUACCAGAAAUCGCGUUAAAGGUACUCGACAAGAAGAUCCUCUUGAAUGUCUAUUGUGAGAAACGAAAAGGGAUUUUGACGACUAUCAUUGAAGAGCUAGAGAAGUAUGAUUUCAGUGUUGUUACUUUUAGCAUGAUUCCUAUCGAGAAUACGACCAUGGAUAUUACCAUCGUUGCACAGAUGGAAAAUGGUUUCAACCAGAAUUUGAAAGAUCUUACUAAAACUCUUCGCUUGGCUCUUGUUGUAGCUAGCCCUGAACACUAAGGACCAUAAAUAACACGGAAAAUGUAUGGUAUAGGCAACAAUGAAAGGUUGACGAACGAUCUAAGAUGUCUUUUACAUCCAAAUAAUGUAACAUAGUGGUUGAGACUUGAAAGUGUUACUAUUUAUAUAUAAUAUGUAACACUUUAGUGGAUUAUAUAUAUGUAUAUAUAUAUGUAUAUAUACAUAUAUAUAUAUAUGCGCUACAUAAACUCGAUCUUUUAUAACACUUUUGAAAGUGUAUGAUGGAAACCUUUGACACGUUAUCUUUAAUCGUCUUAACUCUUAAGUAUGUAAUCUUUGAGUAAUUAAUGUAGCACUUGUUAUAUUGUUA